UUCAUACACAAAUAUAAUAAUAUCCAUGAUCAACGAACCUAACCUUAACUACCACAUACAAAAUCCCCAUUUUUUCAAAUCCUCUCCAAAACCCAAAGAUCCAAAUCUUCAUCGUCACCACCACCAUUGACUUCUUCAAUCUUCAAAAUCACAUUCAAAUCACUGAUUCAAAAUGGGUCUCUGCACUUCAAAACCACUCUCUUCACCCAAUUCUGAAACCACUAUUCACAUUCAAUCACAACCAGAACAACCCUCUUCCACCAAUGUAGUAGAAAUUCAAAACCCUAAAAAAUCACCUUUUCUCCCCUUUUACACACCAAGUCCAGCUCACAAUUUAUUCUCCGGCAAAACUCCGGCGACACCAAGAACUCCGAGGAGAUUCUUCCGACCACCAUCGCCGGCGAAGCACAUUAGGUCACUUCUAGCUCGCCGUCACGGCUCCGUAAAGCCGAACGGUGCAGCUAGUAUUUCAGAAGGAAGUGAAGGUGAAAGUGUUGCUCCACUUGAUAAGAAUUUUGGGUUUUCGAAGCAUUUUGGUAGUAAGUAUCAGCUUGGUGAAGAAGUUGGUAGAGGACAUUUUGGUUAUACUUGUUCUGCUAUUGUUAAGGUUAAUUAUAAGGGUGAGAUUAAGGGUCAUCGUGUUGCUGUUAAGGUUAUUCAGAAAGUUAAGAUGACUACUGCUAUUGCUAUUGAGGAUGUUAGAAGGGAAGUGAAGAUCUUGAGAGCUUUGAAUGGACACAAGAAUUUGAUUAAAUUUUAUGAGGCUUAUGAAGAUCAUGAUAAUGUCUAUAUAGUCAUGGAGUUGUGUGAAGGAGGGGAGCUUUUGGACAGAAUACUAUCGAGAGGUGGGAAAUACUCGGAGGAAGAUGCAAAAGUUGUCAUGACACAAAUACUGAAUGUUGUUGCAUUUUGCCAUUUACAAGGUGUUGUUCAUCGAGAUCUUAAACCUGAGAACUUCUUGUUUUCAACCAAAGAUGAGAACUCAGAGCUGAAGGCCAUUGACUUUGGUUUGUCGGAUUUUGUUAAACCGGAUGAACGGCUUAAUGAUAUCGUUGGUAGUGCAUACUAUGUGGCUCCCGAGGUUUUGCAUAGAGCUUACAGCACAGAGGCUGACGUAUGGAGUAUUGGUGUGAUCGCAUAUAUUUUAUUAUGUGGAAGUCGUCCAUUUUGGGCACGAACUGAAUCUGGGAUCUUUCGUUCCGUAUUGAAAGCAGAUCCAAGUUUUGAUGAACCUCCUUGGCCUUCUUUGUCAGAUGAGGCACAAGAUUUUGUUAAGCGAUUACUAAAUAAAGAUCCAAGGAAGAGAAUGACAGCAGCACAGGCAUUGGGUCAUCCAUGGAUUAAAAGUUACAAGAUUGUAAAAGUACCGUUGGAUAUUCUAGUGUUCAAGCUCAUGAAGGCAUACAUGCGUUCCUCCUCUCUAAGAAAAGCAGCUUUAAGGGCUCUGUCUAAGACAGUAGCUGCUGAUGAGCUGAAUUAUUUGAAGGAGCAAUUCGCACUUCUAGAACCAAACAAAAAUGGCACCAUUAACUUGGAAAAUAUAAAAGCGGUCUUGAUGAAGAAUGCAACGGAUGCUAUGAAGGAGUCACGAAUUCCUGAUCUUGUGGCAUCACUUAAUGCCUUGCAAUAUAGAAGGAUGGAUUUUGAUGAGUUCUGUACAGCUGCACUUAGUGUUCAUCAACUCGAAGCACUUGACAGGUGGGAGCAACAUGCACGCUGUGCCUAUGAAAUUUUUGAAAAGGAUGGAAACAGAGCUAUAAUGAUUGAGGAACUAGCUUCGGAGCUUGGCCUUGGUCCAUCUGUACCUGUUCAUGCCGUUCUUCAUGACUGGAUUAGGCACACCGAUGGAAAGUUAAGCUUCCUUGGAUUUGUUAAGUUGCUGCACGGUCCAUCUCGAAGUCUUGUAAAACCUCAAUAAAAAAGUUUGGAACCCCAUCAGAGUACUUAUGAGAAUGCUCAACUAUGCUAUGAUUAUGAUUAUGAUUAUGAUUAUCCGGUCAAUGAAAUGUCUGUCCACACAUCACAUUCCUACAGCAUCAAAGGGUCUUUACCGUUGCUGGAUUUGUACUCAGCAUAAAUCAUCAGGGUGUGUAUAUUUACCAUUUUAUAAGGCGAAGCUCUUCAACACGAAAUCCAGGAGUUAAACUUGUUCCUACAGAUUUUUUUGUUUUUUUAGAAAUAUAUUUUCCACUGUAAAGGUGUUGUGUGUUAAGGUGCAGGUGAUUAUAUUAUGUGAUUGUUGUUAAAUGGUUAAUAUUCUUACAUGUUCUGAGAUUCACAAACAAUUGAGGAGUAUCAUUCUUGGUGAAAUGCAAAUUCAUUGCAUUGCAUUCCACAGUUAAAUGAAAAGAAGUUUUUAGUUUA